GAUCAGGUUGACGUGGGGCUCACAGCAUGUUGGGAUUGGGGGGGAUUCUGCCGUCCAGCCUCCCUCCCUCGGCCAUUAAAUUUGGCCUAGAUUUGGGUCCAGGAAAGUGUUUGUUGGGGGGUGAGACAGAGUUUCGGUGUGCUCAAUCUGGUGAGGGGAAAAAGUGCAGAGCCCCAGGGGUGAGGGAGGCCCUGAGGGUUUAAGGAGCGAGCUGGAGAGGGGCCCCUAGCCCUUCCAGUUGGUCUCAUUCUGGCCAGUGAGGGCCACGUGUUGGAAUAGAUGGCCAAGUGGCUGAAGGACUACCUGAACUUUGGCAGCCGGCGGUCUCCCCCGCAGCCCCCCAAACCCGACUACACAGAGAGCGACAUCUUCAGAGCCUACAGGGUUCAGAAGAGCUUGGACUUCGAAGACCCCUAUGAAGAUGGGGAGGGCAAAGCAGAAUCGGAGCCGGGUACCCUCGACUCACCUGGCAAAUACAGCACCCUUAAACACCGGCUUAUCAAGGUGGAUUCUACAGACCUAAACCGCAGCAAAGUCCUGCUGGGGACUCCGGGGAAGGACAAGCUGGCUGCUGAGCGUGAGUACUGCAACCCCUUUGAUGCUGAGGCCCGGGUAGCCCUAGGGAAACAGCCACUGCCUGAGAACGAUGGCUACAUGGAGCCCUGUGCUGCCCAGCGGGUCAUGGCAGAGCUGCAGUGGCCGGAGGGCCAGAGGGGGCCGGGGACCCAGGCGGGGCUGCAGCUCUACGACACUCCCUACGAGGAGCAGCGGGAGGGCUUUGAGGCCGAGGGGUGGACUCAACCUCUGGAGAGCCGCCUGCCCGAGGACGACGAGCGGCCGGCAGACGAGUACGAUCAGCCUUGGGAGUGGAAGAAGGAUCACAUUUCCCGCGCCUUUGCAGUACAGUUUGAGAGUCCUGAAUGUGAGCCAGCCUCAGGACUGGCUAAGGAGCGUUGGUGCCCGCCUCCAAAACUUGGGCUGGUUGGGAGCAAGCUCUGGAGGGGACCCAGCCCCGAGGGCAGCGCCCCUGUGGCCGAGCGCGUGGAUCCAACUGUGCCCCUGGAGAAGCAGGCGUGGUUCCACGGCGCCAUCAGCCGAGUGGAGGCAGAGAGCCAGCUAUCCCUGUGCAAAGAGGGCAGCUACAUGGUCCGCCACAGUGAGACCAGCCGCGACGACUACUCCCUGUCCCUUAGGAGCAGCCAGGGCUUCCUCCACGUGAAGUUCACCCGGACAAAAGAGGACAAGUACGUGCUGGGCCAGCACAGCGGCCCCUUUGCCAGCAUUCCUGAAGCCGUCCACUACUAUUGUGCCCGACCGCUGCCUGUGCAGGGGGCCGAGCACCUGGCCCUGCUUUAUCCCAUCACUGUACAGACUCUCUGACCCGGUGCAUCAACCAUCGGUACUGGCAAACGCGCCGCAUGGGGAUAGAGGGCUCGUGUUCUUCGGCAUCGGGCCCGGUGCUCGGGCCCCGCGGUCUUCUUGCCUGCUGUGGUUUCGGGCCCUGGUCCUGCAAAAUGAUUGCCCCCCCCUUGCCAUCCUCCCACCUGCCUCUCACUGUGCUUAGGGAGCCCUGGAGAAAAGGGGCAGUGCUACCCACAGCCCUGCUAGGACCCCUCAGCUGGAACCUUGGUCCCCGAGCGACAAAAGAGCUACGGUUCCCUAUGCAGAGAGACAAAGUGGGUAGCAGAUGGCACUCCAGAGGUCUGGAACCCUAAAGUUCUGUGUCAUACAGAGCCCAGGAGCCAGACUUUUGACAGAAUAAAUAAGUUAUUGACUCUC